GCCCGGGGUGAGGGCAGCUGGGCGGGGGUAGCCGGGAGGCCCGAGGGCGAGUCCCCUCGCAUCCUGCUGUCCCGCUCCGAGGAGGCUGGGGAGAGCGGGGGGGUGAGCGAGGAGGUGGGAUAAAUAAACGUUUUGUGGCAGAGUCGGGCAGUAGUAGGCUUGUAGAGCGGGUGUUGCUUCACAAAUGAAAUCCUUAAUUUAGUACUUGCAUUUUUGAGGAAGGAAAGGAUGCUGCUGAGCUCUGUGCCGACGUCUCUUUUCAAACAACGAAUUGUAUUAAAGAGUCGCUGCAUCAGGGACCGAGUUCUGUGCGUUUCCCUCUGGCGAGGAGUGGGUGGUAGCAUCUGGCUUCAGAGACCCUCUAGUGUUGCUCUUCUGGAGGCAGAAGGAGGUAUGGAAUAAUUAUUAAAGAAGAAAAAGAAGUAGGAAGGAAUAUUUAAAGAACUACCUUUGAGAGGAGUUGAAGAAGAAACUCGGUACCCCAGAAAAAUGGCAGUUACUCCAAACAUAGGGAAUGGCAGAAAUUAAUGAGGAACAGAUGGAGUCUGUAGGUACCUUUUGGCUUGUUACAAAGACCAGCUAUGGAGAAGUGGAGCUUAAUGACAAUUACUGUUUUACUGGCACUUACUGUACGCUGGGCUGUGUCGCUUGGUUCUUACUCAGGUGCAGGAAAGCCACCGAUGUAUGGAGACUACGAAGCUCAGAGACACUGGCAAGAAGUUACUUACAAUUUGCCCAUCAGGCAGUGGUACUUCAAUACAAGCGAUAACAACCUCUUGUACUGGGGCCUUGAUUAUCCACCUCUUACUGCCUAUCACAGUUUUGUGUGCGCUUACAUUGCAAAGUUAAUAAAUCCUGAUUGGAUUGCUCUGCACACAUCUCGGGGGUAUGAGAGUCAGCCACAUAAGUUAUUUAUGCGUACAACAGUGUUUGUUGCUGAUUUGCUGGUUUACAUUCCUGCAGUUAUUGUAUAUUGUUUUUCCUUGAAAGAAACAUCUACUAAAAAAAAGGUUUCCAGUGUUCUUUGCAUACUGCUUUAUCCAGGCCUCAUUCUUAUUGACCAUGGACACUUCCAAUACAACUCAGUGAGCCUUGGCUUGGCCUUGUGGGGCGUGCUUUAUUUGUCUUAUGACUGGGACCUUUUGGGGUCAGCGGCGUUCUGCUUGGCCUUAAAUUAUAAGCAAAUGGAACUCUACCAUUCUCUGCCCUUUUUUUGCUAUUUACUUGGGAAGUGCUUCAAGAAGGGACUGAAAGGAAAGGGAUUAGUAUUGUUAACUAAAAUAGCCGGGACAGUGGUGGUUUCCUUUGCUGUCUGCUGGCUCCCGUUCUGUACCGACAUGGAACAAAUCAUGCAAGUACUCAGAAGACUCUUUCCCAUUGACCGAGGCUUGUUUGAGGAUAAAGUAGCCAAUAUUUGGUGCAGUCUAAGUGUCCUUAUAAAGAUAAAGAAUAUCAUAUCACCUCAAACUCAACUAAAACUCAGUUUUGCUGUAACAUUCCUGAGCCUGCUUCCUACUUGUAUAAAACUAACUGUCCAGCCUUCUCUCCGAGGAUUUAAAUUUGCUUUGGUUAGCUGUGCAUUGUCAUUUUUCCUGUUCUCCUUUCAAGUACAUGAAAAAUCUAUUCUUCUAGUGUCAGUACCAGUCUGCUUAAUCAUAAACGAAAUCCCUUUUAUGGCUACGUGGUUUUUACUUGUAUCAACCUUCAGCAUGUUGCCCCUUCUGCUGAAGGACGGCCUGCUGCUGGCUUACGCCGUGACCACGCUGGCGUUCCUCUUGGUCUGUGCCACUUCCUUUUCCAUCUUUGAGAAGACCUCAGCGGAGGACCUGCAGCUCAAACCGUUCUCCCUUUCCCUCAAGGGAUAUGUCUCUUGGUUUAAGUCAUUUCCAAAGAUUGUCAGGUGUCUGUUUCUUCUUUCCCUAACCCUGAUGGGUGUCCUCUCUCUGAUGAGUGCUGCCGUGCAUCCUCCCCAGCGGUUACCGGAUUUAUUCCCUCUAUCUGUGUCUGUUAUUUCUUGCUUACACUUUUUAUUAUUUUUGGUGUAUUUUAAUGUUGUUAUACUCUGGGACUCAAAGAAUAGUCGAAGUCAGAGGAAAAUCAGUUAAUCAAUGGUGAAGCUCAAGGACUAAACUGUGAAAGGACAAGAGUAUUUCAGUGAGUGGUGUCUGGCGUUGCAGGUAAAGCUGUCUGUGAUGUAACACAAUUCCUGUAACCUAAUGAAAAUCGGGAAACAUGUUACGCAUAUUUCAACACAAUCACAGACUUUUAAAGGGGAAGUAAGUAUGUUGAAGAGCACUCGGAGAUGUGAUUUGGUGUGUUUUCUUCAGAAGUGUAAUGCUUUUGUUACCAUUUGUAAACUUAAAAAACUUAAUAAAGGACCAAAUUUUGAAUUAAUGCUAAA